CUCUCUCCCUCUCUAUCUAUGCCGCCGCAGUCUCGACCACCGAUAAGCGUCUUCUAUGCUACUUGUGAACCUCCAACAUAGCAGCGAGGCUUCAAGGAGAAUCCGCAGCGAACGGACAUGGUGUUCAAAGGGCGAUUCUUUUCCUCCAAGAAGUCGGACUCCUCCAGCCCCGACGGAUCCAACAGCCCUCGAUCCCUCGGAUCCAACUCCCCCAUCCGAUCCGACAAGAAGAAGACCAAAUCCACCUCCAAACUCGACGACUCCACCGCCCCGACUUCUUCCUCCGGCUUCGCCUCCCCAUGUCGUCAAACCCAAGUCAAGGACGGUCAGAAGAAGAAGGAUUCCAAGUGCAAGGAGCCCGAGAAGUCGAACCAAGCUCGAACCACCCCGCAGAAGCACAACCCCGUGUCUUUUAAGUCGGGCUCGUCGCUUGGGUCCAAGUCCAAGAAAGCGACCAUCGCAGCCGCAGCCGCAGCCGCAGCCGCAGACCCGGUUGAAGAAAAGGAAGCGCCUUCUUCGGUGUCGCCCAUAUUGGCUUCUUCUUUGGGAUUGAACAGGAUAAAGACGCGGUCCGGGCCCCUGCCGCAGGAGACCUUUUAUGGGUUUAGGGGUGACAAGGGGUCCGGUUUGGGGGCAAGUAACCUCUCCAGGCCGAGUGUGAAUGUCGGGGAUCGGAGUUCGGGGUCAGCGAAUUCGAGUUCCGGCAGUGGUGGCAAGAAGAAGGAAACGGCCUUUGCUCUGAGCAGAAUGGGUCUUCAUCAGGACGAUGCGGUGUUUGGAAAUUGGGUCGAAAAUGGGACUAAUUCCGACGGCAUGUCACCUGGGAGUGUGCCGUCAAGGGAUCGGAGCCCUAAUUUGCCUGCAGCUUCCAGUGUAGCGAAUGCCGAAUCGUCUUCUGGAGCAGGCCAUGCAGAUUCAUCGUGGGGCCGUGCUGGAGACUUAAGAAGUUCUGAUGUUUGUACACCUGAGGAAUCGGAGUCUCCCCGUUUUCAAGCGAUUCUGCGUGUGACAAGUGCACCAAAGAAGCGAUUUCCUGGUGAUAUCAAAAGUUUUUCACAUGAGUUGAACUCAAAAGGUGUGCGGCCUUUCCCAUUUUUGAAGCGUCGUGGCUUGAAUAAUCUGGAGGAGAUUCUGGUUGUAAUUAGAACCAAAUUUGACAAGGCCAAGGAAGAAGUCAACUCUGAUCUGGCUAUCUUUGCAGCUGAUUUGGUGGGAAUUCUUGAGAAAAAUGCAGAAAGUCAUCCCGAGUGGCAGGAGACCAUCGAAGACCUGCUGGUGUUAGCUCGUAGGUGUGCUAUGACAUCACCUGGAGAGUUUUGGCUUCAGUGUGAAGGUAUAGUUCAGGAGCUGGAUGACAGGCGCCAAGAACUUCCCAUGGGAAUACUGAAACAACUUCACACAAAAAUGCUUUUCAUCCUGACAAGGUGUACUAGGUUGUUGCAGUUCCAUAAGGAAAGUGGAUUGGCCGAGGAUGAGCAGUUCCUACAUCUUCGUCAGUCCAGGGUGCUGCAUUCUGCUGAUAAGCGAGUUCCGCCCAGCAUGGGGAGAGAUGGUAACAGUUUGAGUGCUGCAAAGCCUUCAAAAGCACCUUCAUCCAGGAAAUUUUAUAGCCAAGAGCAGCAUGGUUUGGUAUGGAAGAGAGAACAUUCCGUGCAGAGAGAUGAUGCUCUCUCUCCCCCAGCUAAUGACACUCCUAAGAACGAGUCUCCUGGAGGCAGGAAUCGGAUGUCUUCAUGGAAAAAAUUCCCGGCUGCAGCUGGGAAAACCUUGAAAGAGUCUGUCCCAGCAAAGGAGCAUCACGAUAGCAAGGUCGAACCUGAAAAAGCGUUCAACAAUAGGAGAAAAAUGUCCGAUGGGGAUGUUGUUGCAAAGUCUCCUGAGCUCCUUUCUUCCCAAGAGUCUUUGAAGCAUCAGCACAAGGCUUCUUGGGGUUACUGGGGAGAUCAAGCAAAUGCUUCUGGGGAAAGCACCAUAAUAUGUCGUAUUUGCGAAGAGGAGGUUCUCACUUCAUUUGUAGAAGAUCACUCUCGAAUUUGUGCAGUUGCUGAUCGAUGCGAUCAGAAGGGUUUAAGUGUCAAUGAGCGUCUUCUCAGGAUAUCUGAAACUCUUGAAAAGAUGGUUCAGAAGGAUGUUCAACAUGUUGGCAGCCCAGAUGUUGCCAAGGUAUCAAAUUCAAGUGUCACUGAAGAAUCUGACAUACCCUCACCGAAACUCAGUGACUGGUCAAGGAGAGGUUCAGAGGACAUGCUUGAUGGUUUCCAAGAUGUCGAUAACUCCAUUUUCAUGGACGAUAUGAAGGGUCUACCUUCCAUGUCAUGUAAAACCCGUUUUGGUCUUAAGUCUGAUCAGGGAAUGACGGCAUCGUCUGCUGGAAGUAUGACACCUCGGUCUCCUGGAUUGACACCAAGAACCAGUCAGCUAGACUUGCUCUUGGCAGGGAAGGGUGCUUUCAGUGAGAAUGAGGAUCUCUCGCAGAUGAAUGAGCUGGCUGAUAUUGCUCGAUGUGCAGCAAGCACACCAUUGGAAGAUGAGAGAUCGUCACCCUUCUUACUGACCUGUCUUGAAGAUUUGAGGAUGGUUAUUGAUCGGCGGAAGUUUGAUGCACUUACGGUGGAGACCUUUGGAACCCGAAUUGAGAAGUUGAUACGGGAAAAGUAUUUACAGCUCUGUGAGCUGGUGGAUGAUGAAAAGAUCGACAUAACAAGUACUGUUAUUGAUGAAGAUGCUCCUUUGGAAGAUGAUGUGGUUCGUAGCUUGCGAACAAGCCCUGUACAUACUUCUAAAGAUCGAACAUCCAUUGAUGACUUUGAGAUCAUCAAACCAAUUAGCCGUGGUGCUUUUGGACGCGUUUUCUUGGCUAAAAAGCGAACGACUGGCGACCUUUUCGCUAUAAAGGUUCUUAAAAAGGCAGAUAUGAUUCGCAAGAAUGCUGUUGAAAGUAUUCUGGCUGAACGUGAUAUUUUGAUUUCAGUCCGUAAUCCUUUUGUGGUUCGCUUCUUUUAUUCUUUCACUUGUCGUGAAAAUUUGUAUCUUGUGAUGGAGUAUUUGAAUGGAGGAGACCUGUAUUCGUUGUUGAGAAACUUAGGCUGCUUAGAUGAAGAAGUUGCUCGCGUGUAUAUAGCAGAAGUGGUGCUCGCUCUUGAGUAUUUACAUUCUCUGCGCGUGGUUCAUCGUGAUUUGAAGCCUGAUAAUUUGUUGAUUGCUCACGAUGGUCAUAUCAAGUUGACAGACUUUGGGCUUUCUAAAGUUGGUCUCAUCAACAGCACCGAUGAUUUAUCGGGUCCCGCAGUUAGUGGCACAUCCAUGCUUGUAGAUGAAGAGCCUCAGCUAUCUAUGUCCGAGAGUCAGAAAGAAAGACGGAAGAAACGUUCUGCUGUGGGCACACCAGACUAUCUGGCACCAGAAAUACUUCUGGGAACAGGACAUGGCACGACUGCCGAUUGGUGGUCUGUUGGGGUUAUAUUAUUUGAGUUGAUUGUUGGAAUCCCUCCAUUCAAUGCGGAGCAUCCACAGACAAUAUUUGAUAACAUUCUUAAUCGUAAUAUACCUUGGCCUAGAGUGCCUGAAGAAAUGAGCGCUGAAGCACAAGACCUAAUUGAUCGGUUACUGACCGAAGAUCCUCACCAGAGACUUGGAGCUAGAGGAGCAUGGGAGGUGAAGCAGCAUGUCUUCUUCAAAGAUAUCAAUUGGGACACUCUUGCCAGGCAAAAGGCGGCAUUUGUCCCCUCUUCAGAAAGUGCCCUGGAUACGAGUUACUUCACAAGCCGCUACUCGUGGAAUCCUUCGGAUGAGCAAUUUUAUCCAGACAGCGAGUUCGAGGAUAUGAGUGACGCGGAUAGCUCAAGUGGAAGUAGUUGCCUCAGCAAUCGCCAAGAUGAAGUGGGAGAUGAAUGUGUGGGUCUUGCUGAGUUUGAGUCUGGCUCAUCUAUCAACUACUCAUUCAGCAAUUUCUCAUUCAAGAAUCUGUCUCAGUUGGCAUCAAUCAACUAUGAUUUGCUAUCAUCUAAGGGAUGGAAGGAUGACCCUCCACCCAAUUCCAGUGCAUGAUCGCUUAUCUUCCCCUGCAAAAGUGGGGAGGGAAUACUAUUGAACUUGGCUUAUGACGGGCUUUGGAGGGCACCGAUUGACCUCGUCGCUUUUGUAUACCCUGUACAUAGAUAGAAGAGACAUUGAUGGAGAAACUGUGCCAGAGAUGUGCUCUCUCUCUCUCCGAUUUGGUAACUUUUCCACGCCGUGGGGGUUCCAAUUUUGCCAUCGAAUUGUUUUUGGGUUGGUAACGAGUUUGGGUUGUCAAUGUACCUUCAACUUACGUGCCUAGGUGUCGGUGUAUUUAUGACCCUUCAGAGUGUAUCAUCUGCGAUCUGCAGAAGUUGGCAAUGAGAACACAUCUCCCUUUUCUCG